AUGACCAUUGUCCCAGAAGAAGUGGAGAUGAGCAAAGUUGAAGAAACCCUGGAAACAAUCAAGUGUCUGGGACGAGUGAGGGUCAGAGGAAAGAAUUUCAGUGCAAGGUUGGAUAGCCGUAUGGUCUUGUGUGAGACCAGGGAGACAGUCAAGGAUCCGAGUGUCCCUCCUGAAGUUGUGCCUAUUGAUGGUGGAGAGGCGUGGCCUAUAAUCAUCGUAGGGGAAGUACAGGCAGCUGCUGAAGAGUUUAAUGACAAACUGCAAGGGCUGUUAGUGGCAGAAGGAAAGACUAUGGAGGACCUUAAGUCACUGUUUCACCGCACAGAACCAUCCACAAGCUCCACUGAAUCAAUACUACGUGCCGUAGGUGAUUUGUUGGACAAGACCACAAACCCCUAUGAUGGUGGACACCACGUUCGUCUACGCAUGUUCUCAGGAGCCUUACCUACUCCAACAGGUGAAGAACCCUUCGACCAUUGGUUAGAACAAGCAUGUAUUAUGGUAGAGGAAACUGACUGUUCAGACAAAGAGAAAAGAAGAAGACUAAUGGCAAGCUUGAAAGGGCCAGCCCUUGGAAUAGUGAAAGCAGUGCGACAUGCCAGCCCUGACGCCACCCCAAAAGAGUGCUUGGACGCUCUCGAAAGUGCUUUUGGAAGUGCAGAGUCCGGUGAUGACCUCUAUUUUGCAUUCCGUCUGAUGCAACAGCAACCAGGGGAGAAACUAUCUGAUUUCCUCAGACGCCUAGAACGGUCUCUGGCGAAGGUGAUACAGAGAGGUGGCCUGCCUGCUAGCAGCAUGGAUAGAGUCAGACUGGAGCAACUGCUGAGGGGUGCUACUGUCUCAGACCUGAUGCUGAUCCAGCUACGCUUGCGUGAAAGGAAGAGCGCACCGCCCAACUUUUUACAGCUCUUGAGUGAGAUUCGUACUGAAGAGGGAUAUGAAGCGUCUAGGAAGAAGCUCAGUGCCUCAGUACGCCAAGUAUACGCCGACCCUGAAGUGGAUGGGAAACAAGCGGAGAUCCAGAACUUAAAAGCUGAACUAAAGGAGCUAAAGUCAAUGGUUGCAUCAGUUGUAACUAAACAAUCUCGCUCCAAGGAUGACCACUCAGAGUUAACGCACUCAAGUAUGCCACCUAGCCCAGAGAACCGGCAGGACCCGGAACUGGCUGCUUUGAAAAAAGAACUGAAACGAAUGAAACAGAAAGUCAAGAAUAAAGUGACUGAGCCAGACACUGCAGUUUCGGUUUCGACCAUGGAGGCUACCAAACAGGUUCACAACUCUCCCAAAAGAGUACCCAAAGGUGAGAAUUUCUGCUACCGAUGUGGCGAAAAUGGACAUUUUGCUACAAAGUGUGGGAACACUGAGAAUCAAGCCAAGGUCAUAAAGAAGCUAAUACAGGCCUUGAAAGUCACUAGACAACGGUCUGGUGAUGCGGCAACCAGUGAAGUGAACUGUCAUGCCAAACAAGGUGCUGUUACUACAAUAGAGCCUGUUGGCAUCCCUGAAGGCUUGAUUGGCCCACCCAGCAUUGUACCCCUGAAGGUGAAUGGACACGCUUGUGAUGCUUUGUUUGACAGUGGCUCUCAAGUGACCAUUAUAUUUGAGUCUUGGUAUCAGACCUACCUUUCUGAUGUACAAAUACGUCCAGUGUCUGGUCUAGCACUCUGGGGCCUAAGUGAGUCUGACCUCAGCUACCCCUACCGUGGUUAUGUGGUGGUUGACAUGGAAUAUCCAGCAAAAGUAGCAGGUGCCGACAAGAUUGUGACAGUCCUUGCUCUUAUCUGCCCCAGCCCCCGUACUGCGGACCAAACUCCUGUCAUUGUGGGAACUAAUGCCAGUCAUGUCCGACGUCUUGUGCAGCAAUGUAAGGAGGAGGGCAUUGACAUCACCCAGACACUGGGUAUACAAGGCUGUUGCAGAGAUGAAGAUUUGGCAGCAUGUGGCACGGCUACAGCCGCCGAAGUGGAGGAUGAUAUUGGCUGUGUGACAUGGCAAGGCCCAGGCCCACUGACUAUACCUCCUGGUGGUGAUUGCAGUCCUGUGUGCAAAGUUGACUUCAAACACCAAGUCAACAAGGAAGUUCUGAUGGUUGACUCAUCUCCCUCAGCUCCACUCCCAGCUGGUGUGCUACUACAGCCUAUGGUAGUGUCCAGUGAAGAAGUUAAGGUCAACCACUUCAGAAUCUUUGUCCAGAACGAGUCGCUGACAGAGACCAUCAUACCCGUUGGAACUGUCAUCGGACAUAUGUACCUGACUGAUGCAGUCACUACAAUCACUCCUUCCAAGACAGCAGCACAAGAGUUUGAUGCUAAUCUGAUCGACUUUGGAGACUCACCUGUCACAGAGGAGUGGAAAAGAAGACUCCGUAAAAAACUAUCCACCAGGUCUUCAGUAUUCUCCCUCCAUGAUUGGGAUGUCGGAUUGGCCAAAGACGUAAAGCACACAAUCCGUAUGUCAGAUCCACGGCCGUUCAGGGAGCGCUCUCGACGUCUGGCACCAGCCGAUGUGGAAGACGUGAGAAAACACCUCCAAGACCUGUUGCGUGCGGGGAUCAUCAAGGAGUCGCGUAGCCCAUACGCAUCCCCAAUCGUGAUUGUUAGAAAGAAGAAUGGGGCCGUGAGAAUGUGUAUUGACUACAGAUUGUUGAACAGCCGAACAAUCCCAGAUCAGUAUACAACCCCAUGCAUCGAUGAUGUUCUGGAUUCCAUGACGGGAAGCAAGUGGUUUUCCGUGCUUGACCUGCGGAGUGGCUAUUACCAAAUUGCCAUGGCCGAGGAAGAUAAAGAAAAGACGGCAUUCAUCUGCCCACUGGGGUUCUUCCAGUUUGAAAGGAUGCCACAAGGAAUUACUGGAGCCCCAGCCACCUUCCAAAGGUUAAUGGAGAAGGCGGUGGGUGACAUGAACCUGCUGGAGGUCCUAGUAUACCUCGAUGACCUGAUUGUGUUUGGCAGAACCCUGGAAGAGCAUGAAGAGCGACUGCUCAAAGUUCUAGAUCGUCUUGCAGAGGUCGGCCUGAAGAUCUCAGUUGACAAGUGUCAGUUUUGCCUGCCCAAAGUGCAAUACCUGGGACACAUUGUGUCCGCUGAUGGUGUCUCUCCUGACCCAGCCAAGGUCGAGGUAGUCACAAACUGGCCACAGCCUACUCACCUGAAAGCUCUUCAGUCAUUCCUUGGGUUCUGUGGAUACUAUAGGCGUUUCAUAGCCAACUAUUCAGCGAUCGUCAGGCCGUUGUCAGAACUCACUAAAGGCUAUGCCCCAAGGCAGAAGAGUAUGAAGCUCGAGAAAGACAGCACAAAGGCUUACCUUAAAGAGUCUGAGCCCUUCGGUGAGAGAUGGGACAAGUCCUGCACUGAAGCGUUCCGUCAGAUUAUUCAUUGUCUCACUCACGCACCUGUCCUGGCUUUCGCAGAUCCAAACAAGCCAUACAUCCUACACGUAGACGCCAGUUUGAAGGGACUUGGCUCGGUCCUCUAUCAGCAGCAUAGUGAGGGACUGAGGCCUGUGGCAUUCGCCAGCAGGAAGUUGAAACCACCAGAGAGAAAUUACGCAAUACACCAGCUGGAGUUUCUGUCUCUGAAGUGGGCCAUAGUGGAUAAAUUCCAUGAUUAUCUCUAUGGCGCCAGAUUCACUGUGCGUACAGAUAACAACCCGCUGACGUAUGUGCUCUCAACCGCCAAGCUUAGUGCUGUUGGGCACAGAUGGCUGUCUGCAUUGUCCACCUAUGACUUUGAUGUACAGUACAGACCCGGCAGACACAACAUUGAUGCCGACCUGUUGUCCAGAAUGAUGCCGGAUGAGGGUCAAGAGGAAUGGGAGACCAUACCACAGACUGGAGUGAGAUCCAUCUGCAAGAAAGUAUGCAUUCCUGGAUCCUUGGUCAACUCACCAAGAUAUGUGGACCAGUUAGGAGCCUCUCCUGACUGCGUGCCUGACAUCUAUGCGUUCCCGACACACUUGGAGCUGAAGUCAUUAGGACAAAUGUCAACUCAGGACCUGAUUAAAGCCCAAGAAGAGGAUGCAGAAAUCAGCUCUGCUCUUCAAGCUGUUAAGCAAGGAAAAUGGCCUGAAGGGAAUGUGUCCAGCCCAGAACAGGCUCGUCUGAAGAAGGAGAUGGGAAGGCUGAUGAUGAAAGAUGGACUGCUACAUCGCUUAAGCAAGAGAUCUUCUGGAGAAGACGUCACUCAACUCGUCUUAACAAGAGAGUUCAGAGAAGUUGUGUUGAGGGCCUCACAUGAUGACUUGGGACACCUUGGUGUAGAGAGAACUACCGACCUGUUGAGGAGCCGAUUUUUCUGGCCUAAAUUGGCAUGUGAUGUGGAGCAGUACAUCAAGAACUGCGGAGAGUGUAUUACGCGAAAGACUCCUAGCCAGAGAGCAGCUCCCUUAUGUCAGAUUGUGAGCAGUGGACCGAUGGACCUAGUCUGCAUCGAUUUCCUGUCAAUGGAACCCGAUUCUUCAGGCAUCAGUAACGUGUUAGUCGUGACUGAUCACUUUACACGUUAUGCCCAGGCUUUCCCCACCAGAAACCAGAAAGCAGAGACAGUGGCAAAGGUCCUGGUGGACAAGUACUUUCUACAUUAUUCUCUGCCAGCUCGGAUCCACUCAGAUCAGGGGAGAGAUUUUGAGUGCCAGCUAAUAAAAGAGCUCCUGAAGAUGCUGGGAAUCAGAAAGUCACGGACCACUCCGUAUCAUCCUCAAGGGGACCCACAGCCCGAAAGGUUCAACCGAACUUUACUUUCCAUGCUGGGAACUCUUGGCUGUGAGAAGAAACGGCAGUGGAGCAAACACGUUGGUUACUUGGUGCACGCCUACAACAGUACCAAGUGUGAUGCUACAGGGUACUCACCCUAUUUCUUAAUGUUCGGCAGAGAAGCGAGGCUUCCUAUGGACGUGUGUUUUGGAACUUCUCCUGACGGAAAAGAUGAAGCUUGUCACUCACGCUAUGUAGCCAAGUUGAAAGAGGACUUGCAGAGAGCUUACCAGCUUGCCUCUGAGACGGCUGACAAGACACAUCAGAGGAACAAGAGGUCCUACGAUAAGAGAGUCGGAUUCCAGACACUGGAUAUCGGCGACCGAGUGCUACUGAGGAACUUGGGAUUGAAAGGAAAACACAAGCUGGAGAGUAGGUGGAGCUCUAUCCCUUUUGUUGUAUUGGGAAAGAUGCCCAAUCUUCCUGUGUAUAAAGUCAAACCUGAAGAUGGAGGCGGAGGAGUCAAAACUCUUCAUCGCGAUCAUCUCUUACCGAUUGGAGAGUCAGUGAGAAUGCCAACUGUGAGCAAGGAGGAAACCUCACCUGUUAAGCCAAGAACAAGGUCCGAGACAAUCAGGAAGGUAAAGAAAGUCUUACCUGAGAUACGAAAGACUCUGCCAGAGUUACAAGACCUUACAGACUCGUCUUCAGACGAAGAACAUUACCUACCUCAGAAACCCUACAGUACCUACCUGAAAGAAAUCCUGCAAAGAGAAAAAGAUACUGCCAGACCUGAAGCCCCCGGCCGAGACCACAGUGACUCUCAACAGUCAGAUGAAAAUCCUGUUGAAGAGGACAUGUCGGAGGAUGAGAGUUCAGAAGAGGAGAACCAAAGCGUUGGCGAAGUGGAUACAGCUCAAGAUUCCGUUCCCGAGGAAGAAAGUGAACCUGAGGCAGGAAGUGAUCCUGAGUCAAACCCUUGCCACGACAACCAGACACCUGCCAGGUCUAAUUCCACUAACAAACUUGAAACUCGCCCUAAGAGAAGCGUGAAGCCAGUCAUUAGGUUAACGUAUGAUGAACCUGGUAAAGCAAGAGAUCAGCCUCUCACCAUAGUUCAUAGAGGGGUGAUCAUAAAGAUAGGUAAAUGUUAAGUUCAGUAUUUACUGCACCCUUUCUGAUCAUAACUUAGGUUGUGUUUGUUUGUUGAUGAGGACAUCAAAACGUUUAGAAGGGGGAGGGUGUAACCCAGCCAAAGCUAUUGUUUAUGUUAAUUAGUAUUAAAACAAACAAAACGAAACAACAAUGAAAGAGGUUUGUUUAAAAGUGUUAAAAGCCUUUAAAAGGUGUAUUUGUAUAAAACAUAAUCUGUAUUUCAUCAUUAGUUUGAGGAGUUUUAUUUUGUGUUGUUUUGUGUUAAAAAGCAGUGUUUUCUCUGUGUAUUCUGUGACAGCAUUUAAAGGGUUAACCCAGUGGGGACAUAGUUGAGUGGGACACGAGCCCGGAAAAAGGGAAGAGGUGAGCGAGGUGAGGUGUGCUAACGGGAAGUGUGCGAACGAAAAGGGACAGAGGCAGUCUGUAUGUUCUGGAUAAGCAGCUUUUCGAAACUUGUGUGUUUGGGGCUUUUUAAUGAUUGUUUCCACGACAGUCAGUAGAAGAAGACCAUCGGCACGUUAACGGAAGAAAGGAACCUCCACAAGGCGUUUCGGUACCGUUUAUUGUGCAACAAGUUAGCGCAUGCUAACGGCUCUGCAGGUGUAGUCUAGAGGCUGUUCGCAACAAGUGAGCCGAGUGUGCUAGACUAGUUUAACUUCUCCAGUUAGACCUUGAGUGGGGUAGUCUGUUCGUCUUCAUCCAGAGGACACAAAGAGGACAACCCAGAUAGAGCUAACGACCAAGGCUUCCCGGCUACCGUAGCUUUCUGACAACGAGGGAUGCAAGACUGUGGCUGGACAUAAACAUCUGUGGAUCUGCUGUGUUCCUGCACGUGAGUGACUGACAUCGGAAUAUACAGAGACACGUUUAUUUUAAUUUGCUUUCCAAGGAGUGAAGGGGCCGUAUUGGUUUUGGGCCACAACGAACACUAGCAACGACCGGGCCUGCAACGUAAAGUGUGGGGUUAACAAGGAAAAUUGAUUCAGUGAGCAUCCAUUUCGGUUAGAGUCGGACCUUACGGAACGAAUGACAGUAACCAAGGUUCCAAUGAGAUCCAACUGAAGUCAGCCUUUUGCUACAUCACACAGCACACCAGGACCAAUCAGAAGCUGUCAUCCCAGGGUGGAAAAAUAGAACAAAAUCAAACUGCCAAUCAAAUCCCUCAGCACUGAGUCUUUACCCAUUGAUUCAAGGAGAAUUGGGACACCACAUGGUUUUUGUGAACGCAAAUUGUGAAUACAAUUGGGAUUCAGCCCAUAUUUCGGCUUUAAACCUGGAUUGAACAAUAGCAAUUGAAGAGAGAAGAUGAAGCCUCAAAUUUAAUAAUUCCAAAAUAAAAUUGACAUUUUUAUGAGCAUAUCAAUUACCUGGCUGGUGGUCCGAAAAAAUAACCGUAGUCUGCAUUACUACAUAUACAGUCAACCUGUAAUUUUGCAAUCCUAAUUUAGAUUGAAUGUAUAUCAUUAGGAUUCCUGUGUAAUUUGUCAGAAAUAAGGAAAAUGUAUUGCAAUAUCAAGAAAAGUGAAAAAAAAAAUCUUUUAAA